CCAUCAUGGGGGUUUCGGUGUUUCUAUUGUACGCGGUGACGGUGCUCGGUGUGGCAGCCAGCGACAAUUGUGCCGACAAGUGCUCGUGCAAGUGGAAGAGCGGGAAGCGCACGGUGGAGUGCGUGAAUCGCGACCUGACCAGCAUACCGGAGUGGAUCGAUCCGGAGACCCAGGUGCUGGACAUGAGCGGCAACAACAUCUGUCACCUGCCAAACAACAUAUUUAUACACGUGCGGCUAACGAAUCUGCAGCGUCUCUACUUGCGUGAGUGUCGUAUCGAUCGGAUCGAUAGCGAGGCAUUGGCCGGCUUGACGAAUCUCGUGGAGCUCGAUCUCAGCAAUAAUAUGCUGGCCGCGGUGCCGAGCUCGAGCUUCACCGACACGCCAUUCCUGCGCGAUUUGGUGCUCGCGUACAAUCCGCUUAAGCGGAUUCGCUCGCACGCGUUUAAGAGCACGCCGAAUCUAGUCAAGCUCGAUUUGUCGCACACGCAGCUCAUCGAGAUCGAGGCGAAAGGUUUCCGCGGACUGGAAAUGCUCGAGAGUCUCAAGCUGAGCAACAACGAACUGUCCACCCUGCACCCGGGCACCUUCGAGCCGCUCAACAAACUCACUAGCAUCGAGCUGCACGAAAAUCCGUGGAUAUGCGAUUGCCACCUACGUGAGAUGAAGAUGUGGCUGGUGAAGCAUAAUUUACCGACCAUCGUGGCGCCCGUGUGUCACGGACCCCAGCAGUUGCUCGAUCGUGCCUUCACCGACCUCGGUAUCGACGAUUUUGCCUGCCGGCCGAUUUUGCUGAUAGCCAGCCGUUACGCCGAGGCCACCAUCGGUGAGAACGCUAGUAUCGUGUGUCGCGUGAGCGCGAUACCACCGGCAGACGUCAAGUGGUACUGGAACGGCCGGUUGUUGACCAAUCACUCGGCUUUCAGCAGCUAUCAAAAGAUCCUCAUCUUCGAGGAGGGCCAAUUUAGGAAGCGGAGCACUCUCAUUCUCACCAACGCGCAGGAGGCGGACUCCAGCGAGUUCUACUGCGUCGCCGAGAACCCCGCUGGCUCCGUCGAGGCAAAUUUCACCCUGCACGUGUCUCUAAGGACGGCGGGUAUGUCGACUUUAGGCUCGGGCCAGAUCGCGGGGAUAUCCGCCGCGUUGGUGGUGCUCAUACUCUUCAUCCUACUCAUCAUUCUCGUAUUAUUCAUUCGUCUGCGGAGAAUGCCGCUGAAGGACGUGAAGUCGUCGGCGCCGAUGGAAGCGGCGUCCAGUGACGGUGUCGGCGGCAACGCUGGCGGUGGCGGCGGCGGUGGCGGCGGUGACAAUCCGCCAUCCGCGACCUCGACCACUCGCAGGAAACACGAGGAGAUCGAGACGACGUCGUUCGCCCUGGAGUCCAAGCCACCCGCGUCGCUGCAUCUGAGCUACGUGCAGAGACCGCACGCGGCCGUAAUGCAGGAGAACGAGUACAGCACAAUCAGCCGUUUCGACGAUCAGAAUCAGCCGGCGGUGGCGGCGAUGCCGGGUGCCGGGUGUUUCUCGUCGACGACGUCCCUGAUGCCGAUUGACAAUCCGGAUCUCAUCAGGGACACUCGGCGCGGCUCCACCGAGGACAUCACGCCUUACGGCGUCGCCGAUUACGGCCGCGUCGAGACGCUGGACGACGCCGGUAGCAAGAUGCUCUACACCAGCUGCCUGUGGGAGGCGAGGGACAGCUGCGGCAGGACGUCCGCCGUCUCGGCGAACGUGUACCCGUCGAAGGAACAGCUCGCGGUGGUCGCGCCGGUCGUCGAGCAAUUUCCACCCGGCGCGAAGCAGAUGAGAGUCUGGCAAAAGGGCGUCCCGGUGCUGCCGCCGGUCUCGGCGCUGAAACGCGUCCUGGGAUCCACGCGCAGCUCGCCCGAUGAGGGUUAUCAGGAGGGCACCGGUACCGACGUCUAGGUACCGCUACUUCAUUACUGCGACGCCCGGCACCGUUAUCUGGAGCUACGUAGACGGCACCAGGAGGACGACACCGACUGCUAAGGGAAGAAUGA